AAAAGAAUAAUAAAAGAAGAAAGAAAAUGAAAAAAAAAGAAAAAAAUGAACAAAAUAAAGAAAAGAUAAAAGAAAGAACUGAAGAAACAAAAAAAAACUCCCAAAAAGAAAACAAAGUAAAAAAAAUAAAAGAAGAAAAAAAAAAACGAAAAGAAAAAAAAAAAGAACAAAAAGAAAAAGAACAAAGCAAAAAAUCAGUGAAUAAAAAAACAAUAAAAGAAAUUGAAAAAAAAGAAACAAUAUAG